GUGGCUGCGCCGGGAACUCCCCGCCCUGUUUGUCCUGCUUCUUCCUUGUUUCGUGCCGGUGUUGCAGCUCCACAGAAGCCACAAGAAAUGUCUGCGCAGGACGAGACCGGCGAACAGCUCACGGGAGCCCAGCUCGUCGCUGAAGCCCUCUUGGAGCAGGGUAUUGAGUUCAUGUUUGGAGUGGUGGGGGUGCCCAUCAUAGAAGUGGCAAUAGCAGCACAACAAGUCGGCAUCAAGUACAUCGGCAUGCGCAACGAACAGGCGGCGUGCUACGCAGCUUCCGCUGUUGGGUACCUCACCAGCAGGCCCGGCGUCUGCCUUGUCGUCUCGGGCCCGGGUCUCAUCCACGCCCUGGGCGGAAUGGCCAACGCUAACGUCAACUGCUGGCCUGUUCUGGUGUUGGGUGGCUCCAGUGACCAAGACCAGGAGACCAUGGGGGCAUUUCAGGAGUUCCCACAGGUGGAGUCAUGCCGCUUGUACAGCAAGUUCUCAGCCAGGCCCAGCAGCCUGCAGAGCAUCCCAGGCAUCGUGGAGAAGGCAGUGAGAACGAGCAUUUACGGCCGCCCGGGUGCGUGUUACAUCGACAUCCCCGGAAACAUGGUUAACGCCACCAUCGGCAGGGAGUCUGUGAAGUUUCUUCCUCGCUGCCUGCCACCUCCUGUCUCCAUGGCUGACCCACAGUCAGUCGCAGCAGCUGCUGCCAUGCUCAGGAAUGCCAAGCGGCCCCUUGUGAUCGUGGGCAAGGGUGCCGGUUACGCGCGGGCCGAGCACAGCGUGCGGCGUCUGGUGGACGAUUUUGCACUGCCAUUCCUGCCGACCCCCAUGGGCAAGGGCGUCUUGCCGGACGACCACCCACGCUGUGUCGCAGCCGCCCGCUCCAGGGCGCUGCAGCAUGCGGACGUGGUGCUGCUGCUGGGCGCUCGCCUCAACUGGAUGUUGCACUUUGGGCUACCUCCUCGCUUCCGGCACGACGUCAAGAUCAUCCAGGUGGACGUGUGUGCCGAGGAGCUGGGCAACAACGUGAAGCCCAGCAGCCCUCUGCUGGGAGAUGUCACAGCGGUCACCAUGCAGAUUAUCGACCAACUGGGAAGCAAUAGAUGGACCUUCCCGGCGGACUCAGAGUGGUGGACAUUCCUAAAGGAGAAAAUAGACGCUAAUUCUAGGAUAUCAAAGGCGAUGGUGUCCGACCAGACGCUGCCCAUGAAUUACUACACGGUGUUCCACCACGUGGCGGAGCUGCUGCCCCGAGAUGCCAUCGUGGUGAGCGAGGGCGCCAACACCAUGGACAUCGGUCGCACCAUGCUGAACAACACCCUGCCCCGCCACAGGCUGGACGCAGGGACGUUCGGCACGAUGGGAGUCGGCCUGGGAUAUGCCAUCGCUGCGGCGAUGGUUGUCAAGCAGCAGGAUCCGCCCCCUAAGGUGGUGUGUGUAGAGGGAGACAGUGCGUUUGGAUUCUCUGGCAUGGAAGUUGAGACCAUGGUCAGGUACAAGCUGCCGGUGGUGGUGCUGGUCGUAAACAACAACGGUAUCUACGCGGGGCUGGACGAAGAUACCUGGGCCCUGCUGUCCCAGGCCGGUGACGCCGCCUCCGUCAUCCCUCCCACAUCGCUACUGCCUGGAGCGCGCUAUGAGCAGAUGAUGUCGGCUUUUGGAGGCCGUGGGUUUCUGGCUCGCACCCCCAAAGAGCUCAGGGAGGCUCUUCAAGUGAGCCUAGCUGAGCCCUCUCUCCCUUGCCUCAUCAACGUGCUCAUCAGUCCAUCGGCCGACCGCAAGAAUCAGGAAUUCUCUUGGCUGACUCGAUCAAACUUAUGAGGGAGCUGCCCAUUCCGUGGCUCUGCUUUUGCCUUUGCAAGGGGCAUCUGGGGCCAAUAGCCGCUCUGUAGGGCAAAAGCCCAGGAAGACGGAGCCACGUUUCUUCAAUUACUUGCCUCAAGAAUGUAUCCAGGGAGAAAAAAACCUUUCAAUAUUCAGUGUGAAAUGUAGAUAUAUUGUGAUGCAAUCGUUAAAAUUCUAUCGAUACAAUAUAUUUGUGAAAUUAUUCUCCUGAAAAUCUCUGAUUAAAACAGAUUUAUUUUGUCGUAAAUUUUACAAUAAAAACAAUGCAAUUCAUCAA